AGCAGAGCUUGUGCCUGGCACCCCUAAACGUCCCCGCAGCAGGAGCCGGGGGGCUCUGCCCCACCGACACCGGGGCUGUGCAGGCUGCUGGAGCUGCCCUGUGGCUCUGGCCCUGCUCGUGGAGGCCUGGCCUGAGCUUCUCUCGAAAGCUGGGUUAGAAAAACCACCUGUUGGGUGAGGCUGAGCCCUCAGCAAAGCCUCAUGGGUGGCUGCAUCCAGGUCCACACCCCGCAAGCAGCGGCUGCCUCCUCUGCUCCUUCCCUGCCUGUUUUUUCUUAUCAGAGAUAUUCUCCCUGGUUGUCUCCACCUCCCUUUUCCCUCCUGCCAUGCGUGAUCUAGCCUAAAUAUUUCCUUCCAUAGCUUCAGGACACUGCUGGGUAUCCUGCCAUCUUUGGAGACUGCAAAUAAUUCCCUUCCUUCAUUUAUAUCAUUACCUUGAAGGUAUUUAUAGAGCACGAUCUUGAGUGGAAAGGAAGGCAUGCCUAUAUACAAAGCGGAGAUCCCUUGGUCCUUAGCUUCUAACUGCCUGAAACAGCUCUUGACUGAAACUUUUCUCCUGUUCGCUGCAUGUUUUGGACUUCACAGGAACAUCCUCAGCAUUUAAAUCCCCAUCCUGAGCAAGCAGAGUGAUGCAGCUAUGGGUUCUCCAAAUUUCUGCUGUCAGACCCGGGACCAUGGGGAGCAGCAAGAGCAAGCCCAAAGACCCCAGCCAGCGCCGGCGCAGCCUGGAGCCCGCCGACAACGCCCACCACGGGGGCUACCCGGCCUCGCAGACGCCCAGCAAGGCGGCAGCUCCCGACACCCAUCGCACUCCCAGCCGCUCCUUCGGGACCAUGGCCGCUGAGUCCAAGCUCUUUGGAGGCUUCAACACCUCCGACACGGUCACCUCGCCGCAGCGUGCUGGGGCACUGGCUGGUGGAGUCACCACCUUCGUGGCCCUCUACGACUAUGAGUCCCGGACCGAAACAGACUUGUCCUUCAAGAAAGGAGAGCGCCUGCAAAUCGUCAACAACACGAGAAAAGUGGACGUCAGGGAAGGUGACUGGUGGCUGGCUCAUUCCCUCACUACAGGACAGACGGGCUACAUCCCCAGUAACUAUGUCGCGCCCUCAGACUCCAUCCAGGCUGAAGAGUGGUAUUUUGGGAAGAUCACUCGCCGGGAGUCCGAGCGGCUGCUGCUCAACCCCGAAAACCCCCGAGGGACCUUCCUGGUCCGGGAGAGUGAGACCACGAAAGGUGCCUACUGCCUCUCUGUCUCUGACUUUGACAACGCCAAGGGGCUCAACGUGAAGCACUACAAGAUCCGCAAGCUGGACAGUGGCGGCUUCUACAUCACCUCCCGCACCCAGUUCAACAGCCUGCAGCAGCUGGUGGCCUAUUACUCCAAACACGCUGACGGCUUGUGCCACCGUCUCACCAAUGUCUGCCCCACGUCCAAGCCCCAGACCCAAGGCCUCGCCAAAGAUGCCUGGGAAAUCCCCCGGGAAUCGCUGCGGCUGGAGGUCAAGCUGGGACAGGGCUGCUUCGGAGAGGUGUGGAUGGGGACCUGGAACGGCACCACCCGGGUGGCGAUCAAGACGCUGAAGCCUGGCACCAUGUCCCCGGAGGCCUUCCUGCAGGAAGCCCAGGUCAUGAAGAAGCUCCGGCACGAGAAGCUGGUUCAGCUCUAUGCGGUGGUUUCGGAGGAGCCCAUUUACAUUGUCACUGAGUACAUGAGCAAGGGGAGCCUCCUGGACUUCCUGAAGGGUGAGAUGGGCAAGUACCUGCGGCUGCCCCAGCUCGUGGAUAUGGCGGCUCAGAUCGCAUCCGGCAUGGCCUACGUGGAGAGGAUGAACUACGUCCACCGAGACCUCCGGGCAGCCAACAUCCUCGUGGGAGAGAACCUGGUGUGCAAAGUGGCCGACUUUGGCUUGGCGCGCCUCAUCGAGGACAACGAGUACACCGCUCGGCAAGGUGCAAAGUUCCCCAUCAAGUGGACGGCCCCUGAAGCUGCUCUGUACGGCAGGUUUACCAUCAAGUCAGACGUCUGGUCCUUUGGCAUCCUCUUGACCGAGCUGACCACCAAGGGCAGAGUGCCGUACCCAGGGAUGGUGAACCGGGAGGUGCUGGACCAGGUGGAGCGGGGGUACCGCAUGCCCUGCCCGCCCGAGUGCCCCGAGUCCCUGCACGACCUCAUGUGCCAGUGCUGGCGGAAGGACCCAGAGGAGCGACCCACCUUCGAGUACCUGCAGGCUUUCCUGGAGGACUACUUCACCUCGACAGAGCCCCAGUACCAGCCUGGCGAGAACCUAUAGACCCGGAGCUCCUCCUGGCACCAGGGACACUGCCGUCCUCGCCGCGGGGCGCCGAGGGCUGGCCUCCCCACCAAGGGGCCGUUUUUUGUGGAGCAGCCCCGGAGUGGGACGGGGCGUCGUCUCCGGAUGCGGCCAGGGGAGGUGCUGGGUCCCCUCAUCACUCAUUAAGACUUCUGGCCCAUGUUUAACGAAGCGGCGCCGUCCCGCUGGCAAGGGGAGCCUGCGGGCGCUGGCGGAGCUGUCUCGGGAGGGUGAGCAGAGCAUCUCCCACUGGGAGACUUGGCUUUCAGGAGACCUUUCCCCCCCAGCAGCUCUGGGGUGAGCCCGGAGGAAUUGGGGGACAGCAUCACCUCACGUCGGACACACGGCCCCAGUCUCCUGCACCCCCUUUCUAAAUCAGCACAAAUUUCCCUGACCCUUCGCCCUCCCCCCCUUGGCUCCGGUUCUCCUGAGUGCGCUGGCAGAGACGUUUCACCAUGGGGAAGGCACAAUCCCCGGCUGGUUCAGACAGGCUAGCAGGUGCUGGGAGUGUGAAAUGUGGCUGCUUGUGGCUCCAGUGACUGACACCAUCCCAUGGGAGCACCGAGGCACACGUUUGAGUCUUCCAGCUGCAUCCGUCCCCACACAAGGGACCCAUCUUGUCUCUCCUGGGAGCAGCACCCGGGGAUUGCCGGCAGAGCCCUCGCCCUGCCUGCGGCCAGCCCUGCCACCCUGGCUGUGCUUUCUCCCACUGAGCACUCCUGGUCUUCCAGCCGGCCCCCUGGGAAGUGCACUACAGCCCCCGCAGCAGCCUUCCCUGGCUCUGCUGCCAGCUCUCCCACCGGCAGAUUCCCCCGGGCUGCCCCUGCCACCAAACCCGGUGCCACCGCAGGGCUUGAGUGCAUGGCACAUGCGGCUGUUCAGGGUGUGGGAGUAUUUUGGGGGAAAUACUAAUCUUUCACAGAUGCUUUUGUCCACCCAGUAUGUUUUUAGCUGCCUUCCCCACACCACUCGCAUCUCAACUGCUGGGCUGCAGUCUCCAUGCAGUGGGAGCAUCCCCAGCCAUGGGCCACCACCCUGGAGAAGAGUCCUGGGAAGCGCUGUGCUGCAGAGGAGACAUUUGCAUCCUCAUCUCCCCCCCUGCUUGCUCCCAAAUGCCUCAGCCUUGUUUUGGCAGUGGGUGGCUAUCCAUGCCCAGUUUUGCCCCUGCACACAUCCCAUGGGGCUGAACGGUGGGGUGGCACCCAGCCCCUGCACUCUCCCACCCAGCAUCUGCUUGUACAUAGCCCUCGAGUGGUCCCCGCGCCCUCCCGAACAUUGACUUAGUUGCAUGUGUUGGUUUUCCCCGCCUCCUGCAGCUGUACCCAGCUGGAAACCCUUCGCCGUGGUGGCUCGCGAGGUUUUGCUCCCUCACCUCUUGGGUCCCGGGCACCCUUACUCAGAAAGACCUGGAGGCUCUUUGGAUGCUUUCCUGGAGGAGGGGUGGGAUGGGGGCUCGAGGGGGUGCUGUGGGGCAGGGGUGCUGGCAUGCACCAGUGGGAAGGACCUGGAGAGGGGAGCCAGCAGCUUUGCCCACCUCUUGGUCCUCAGGCGGUGGGCUUUCUUUGCUUCCCCGCGCUUGUGGGAUGUGGUUUCCCUCCAGCACAGCCUCUGUGCAGCCAGCAGACCCAAACCACCUCUCGCCAGCCCCUGCUGUGGUGCCAGUGUCCCAUGAAAGCCAGGUGGGAGCUGAGCAUGGGCGGGGGGGUGGCCAAAACCCCCUACCCAAACCUCUGCCGGAGCAGGGCCUGGGCAUGCCGCUGCCUUCUGCUUCCUCUCGCAGCUCCCUGGCUGCUUAUUUAUGAACCAAGUGCUCGCUUGGUUGGUUGGUGGCUCCUUUUUAAUGAGUAAAACCUUCAAAAUCAGCGUGAAAACCUUCAAAAUCGGCUCUUCAGUACGGAGAGAUCCUGCUGGCUUGGAGAACAGUGACUGGUUUAAUGGAUUUUUUUAAAAUCUUUUUGGGACUUGGAGCCUUUGAUCCCCCUUCCUAGCAGAUUUGCUGUGCCUGCAUUUCUGUGUUUGGGCAGGGACCCUCCAAAGCAAAAUGUUCUAGGUCUUUCUAUGUUUGCAUCCCUGGGACGGGUGGCUGCUGCAUCCCUGUUGGCGCUGCCAGAGAAGCCCCAUCCUGCAGCAGCCGGUCUGAGGGGUGGCCUGUGCCAUAGCUCUGCCUAAAUUAUACAAAAUCCCCAUCCCCAGGAGAAACCUCUUAAAACUGUAAUGUGCGGAAGCCAGAUUUGAUCUGAAAGCUGGGGAGAGAGAAGGCAAGCGCACAUGUUAAGGUUUGGCCUUCGGUUGUCUGCAGCACGUAGAGGGUCUUGAGCGAGCGCAGCGGGAUGGGAACGGGCUUAACCCAGCGCUUUCAUUUUCUGGCUCUUUCUGGCAAGCGGCAGAGCGGGAACGCAGCCUUGGCGCAAGGAAUGCCCCGGGCUGGCUUAAUUCCCCAUGGCUUUUGGCAAGCUCUGACGAAGGAGAUGUGCUGGGGACAUUUCAGGGCAGAAGACAGUAGAGCAAUCCCGGAGGAGCCCUCCUGCAUGGGGCUGGGGCUGUGUGUCUGCAUGUCCGUGUGUCCAUCCAUGUUCCUGUGCAGCAGUUUUGGUUGGACUCAGCAUCUCCAGACUCGCCAUUGCAGCCGGCACGACCCAGAGGCCCUGCAGAUCGAGAGCCUCUCGUCCAUCACCACUGUUGUCUGCCACUUUAUUUUUUAAGCCAAUAAACUCUAGAAGGGAAGCCCCACCUAAGGAUGCUCUUUGGCUUCCCAAGGUCAAUAAUGCCCUACAAGUUAUGCUCCUCUGCUGUUAUCAUUUUUUUAAACAGUGUUUUGUAAGAUCUCCAACCAACUAUGCAGAGAACAUGUGGAUCUGUGUGUCUCUCUCUCCAGCUCCCCUCUCCCCCCACCUGCCUUUUUCAGUGUUGAAGUAAAAUAUUUAGCUUUUUUUUUUUUUUUUUUGGAUAAUAAUAAAACUUUGGAAAAAAAACCUGAAAAGGUCCAGCUUUGUGGGUGGUGGGGGGUGGAGAUGCUUUGAAACUCUAAUGUUGAUGUAAAUACUUUGCAAUUUGAUAAUUAAAUACAAACAGACCUCACAA